CCAAUUUUCCACGCUUGACACUCACCGCCAUGGAGGAGAGCCACACUCCACCGUAAAUCCAAAACUACCCAAAACUCCAAAUCUCUCACUUCUCCAUUUCUCAUUCCUCUCUCCACCAUGGCCUGCAACUUUUCUUCACUUCUCCCAUUCCUCCUCCUCUUCUUCUUCGCUUUGGUUACUUCCGAUCCCCUAAUAGAUGAAGCCGAAACAAACCCAACCGACUGCGCCGACCGUUGGAUCCACAUCCGACGCCUCCCCUCCACUUUCAAUCUCGAUCUCCUCUCCAACUGCUCCGCCUACCCCAUUUUCGGCGACUUCUGCCCCUUCCUACCCAACCACGGCCUCGGCCACAAGACCCACAACCUCUCCCAGAGCUGGUACCGCACCGACUCCCUCAUGAUGGAGCUCAUUUUCCACCGUCGGAUGCUCGAGUAUCCCUGCCUGACGUCAGAUCCCGCCCAGGCUGACGCCGUGUAUCUCCCGUACUAUUCGGGAAUUGACGCAAUGAAGUACCUCUACGGCCCCGAAGUCAACUCCAGCGCCGAUCAGGGGCUAGAGUUGUACCGCUUUUUGCGGGAGGAGGAUUCGCCGGAGGUGUGGGGCCGGCACUCGGGUCAUGAUCAUUUUAUGGUCAUGGCCCGUCCCGCCUGGGACUUCUCCCAGCCGUUGGAUUCCGACCCGCCGACUUGGGGGACGUCGCUAUUAGAGCUGCCGCAGUUUUUCAACGUCACGGCCCUGACGGUGGAGGCACGCGCCUGGCCGUGGCAGGAGCAGGCCGUGCCUUAUCCGACGUCGUUUCAUCCGCCGAAUUUGUCGUUGCUCCAGAGCUGGAUACAGAGGACAAGAAGGUCAAAGCGCACUUGCUUGAUGAUGUUUGCCGGCGGCGGAGGCGUGGGGUCGGGUAGCCCCAAUAUUAGGCGGAGUAUUAGGAGCGAGUGCGAGAAUAGCACGAGCAAUGUGACACACAAUGUCCACGGGAACGGCUUGUACGGCGGGGCCGGCGGGUAUCUGAAGCUGUGUGACGUUGUGGAUUGCUCUAAUGGGAUUUGUGAGCAUGAUCCUAUUAGGUUCAUGAAGCCAAUGCUGCAGGCGAGUUUCUGUCUGCAGCCACCUGGGGACACCCCGACGAGAAGGUCUAUUUUCGACAGCAUUCUCGCGGGGUGUAUCCCCGUGCUCUUCGAGGAUAUGUCCGCGAGAACACAGUACGGGUGGCACAUGCCGGCGGAUCAGUACCCCGAGUUUUCGGUGUAUAUACCGAAGGAGGAUGUGGUGUUCGGAGACACAAGGAUUCUGGACGUGCUUAGGAAUAUACCAAGAGCUAAGGUUAGGAAAAUGAGGGAGAAGGUGUUGGGGCUGAUACCAAGGAUCAUGUAUAGAAAGCAUGGGAGUUCUAUGGGAUUAAGAACUAAGAAAGAUGCUUUCGACAUUGCGAUUGAAGGUGUGUUGCAGAGGGUCAGGUCUAGGGUUCAUAGAGGUCAAGUUUUUGUUCGGUAACAUAGUUGAAUUUUUUUGCUUUCAAUUGUUGUCAUUAUGAAGUGUAAUUAUUAACUUGCUUAGUCUUUGUUUAGAUAUUAAUGUGUCCUACUUGAUUCAAUUUCAAGAGCCUCUUCUGUAUGGAAAUGUUCAAUAGAGAUACAUAUUACUGUCUUGGUUUAA